AUGUCAAGCGAACAGCCUCCUGCUACGGCGUCGCUGCCGACUCUGACGCCAUCUCUCUGCUUUCACAUUACAUACUUGAAAGAUUUCCUGCGCUACUCCAGAGCGUCACUUGACGAUACGAUUUCCGCACAUCUGAACGCUCUGAAUAAGUACCCGGCGUUCGACCCGGCCUCGACAUCCUCAAGUACUCGCCGCCCACCAAGAAUACUCUCCCGUGCAGUCUGCUACGAAUUCCUGAAUAACACUCUCCUCCCAAAAUGGAACGACAGAGAUCGCGUCUACGAAUACUGCGCAGACUUGGCGAAACAAGCCGAGUUAGAAGAAGCGGCAGCGGGGGCAUCACUCGCGCCGACGAACAAACCACGAGCUAGGCUUGAUCCCUAUGGUGCACGGACAUUACCGGUGGAAGAAAGUCAGUUGAGUCGUGUGAUCCGAUUCGAGAGGAAAUCGGAUAGUAUCGUGAGGGAUCGGACGUGGGAGGUGUUGGGUGAGCGGUGUGGAUUUUUGUGGGGGAGGAGGUGGGAGGAUGAGAUGGAGCGGUGGAGGAAGGAGAAGGGAGGUCAGUGA